AUGGUUGCAGCUCCCGGCUAUGACGCCUUGGCUUUCGGCAGCCUGCACGAUGCCAGGUAUGACUCAGUCGGGCGUCGCUUGGCGACAGCUUCAUCUGACGGCGUUGUCAGGAUUUGGUGCACAGAGAGCCAUCAGAUGGUGGCCCAGUUGCCAGCUCACCAGGCUGCUGCGUUGGUCGUGGGCUGGGCUCCAAAGAAGACCCUCCCCGUUCAACUGGUGAGCGGCGCAGCUGAUGGAAGCAUCGUGCUCUGGCGAGAGCAGGGUGAGUGGAGUUCAGUGCACCGGCUCACUGUGAGAGGGUCCGUCGUUGCGGCGAGUUUUCGACCUGCUGAGUACGGGCUCAUGCUGGCCGUCGCGGGCAGCGAGAGUCCCGACAUCUGUUUCCUAACACGCAAGGAGGUUUCUGCCAGCGCGGUCCUCCCAGCCGGAGAGCAGUGGCUGUCAAAGCCCAUGGAGGCACACAGUGCAGGGUUGGUUGGCUUCUGCUGGGCACCAGCAGCGAGCCCGGCCACGCUCGCAGCCGGGCCAGCAGCAGCCCGAGCAGCCGCGCGAGCUCCGCUGCGGCUCGUGUCUGCGUCGAGCGACCGGUCUGUCCGGAUCUGGCGAGGAGAUGAGAAGAGUGACACCUGGUCUCUGCAGCAUGAGUUGGUCGAAAGGGGGCCCGGGCCCCCUGUCCGCGACGUUGCUUGGAGGCCCAAUCUGGGCAUACCUUCCAGCUCCAUUGCAGUGUGCUUCGAGGAUGGGCUUGUUCAAAUUUGGUGGCAGGACAUGGAGGGGCAACCCUGGAGUGUCCAAAGUUCGUGGAGCGUGGGCGAAGAGACAUUUCGAUUGACCUGGUCCACUGCUGGCUCUCUGCUCGCCGUCUCUGGUCCCGAACAGAGCCUACUCUUUAAAGAGUCAGCAGGACAGUGGGCACAAGCUUGUCAGCUUUACGACUCGUGA